AUGCUUAGGAUAACUGCUAUCAAACGUCUCUUCGCCACGCAUGUUGUGCUGAAGCGGACCGGAAAGCCCUCCGAUGCACAAGAGUACAAGCAGGUUUACCUUCCGUACGACACGGCACCGACAAAAUCGGAGAUGGAGCGCGAAAGAAAGAAGUUGCAGCACGCUUAUUACGGCCGUAUGGAGAACCGCAAGCUUGUUGAAGUAAAAGAGGUGCCACAGAACGUGUACACAUAUGGGAAGGAGGGAAUGUCCCUUCCCAUUGCCAUUUUCAAGGAUCAGCAGGAUCCUGUGAUCGGGCCUGAGUGGACAUACCCUGGUAUCUACGAAAACAAGAUCGCAGCGCAGCAUUGGUAUAUGGAAGAACUCUUUGACAAGGAAAGUGUCAAUAAAUAUGAUUCAGUAUGGCAGAAGCAGAUCCUUGAUAAUCAGGUGAAGCGGCGAAUGGCAAAAGUAGCGUUUCGAAUGAGACAGGUGAACAUGAAGGCGGUGGAUCUCUUUCAGAAGGAGCGAGGCUCAGCGAAGAGAGGAGCCACUGGUGCUGCUCCUGGUGGUGGUGGUGGUGCUGGGGCAUCGGGAAAGGGGAAAGAAGCGACUGCGAAAAAAUGA